AUGGAGAUGAUUGGCUCAGGUAAAACGCCAUACAUCGUCGGUUACUUCGGCCCAAUGAUUGAUACUAAAACGAGUGAACUUUGCAUAUGCAUGGAAUUAAUGGACACAUCAAUAGCAAAAUUCUAUCAAGCUAUGCAUCGAUUACCUGAACUUUCAUCUGACAAGAUCGAUCGUUUCGUACAACGUUUUGCACAUAAUGUUACAAGAGGACUUGACUAUUUGAAAAGUAAAAAUAUUGUUCAUCGAGAUGUCAAGCCGGCAAAUAUACUGAUAAACGAAGAUGGUGAAAUUAAACUAUGUGAUUUUGGUAUUUGUGGUAACUUAACUGAUACAGAAUUAGACUUUGAUACAUGUGUGGGUACUGUUAUGUACUUACCACCUAAACCAGAAAACUGUGCCAUUCAAGGUGAUAUGUGGGCAUUAGGUAUCAGUUUAAUCGAAAUUAUUGCUGGAAAACAUCCAUUUGCUGCUUAUAAACUUGAUGGAAUAGCUUUUAAAAUUUUGGAUUGGGAACCUGUAGUUCCAACGACAGUUUCAGUCGAUACACAAGCAUUUAUUUUACAACUGUUGAGAAAAGAAGCUGAUGAACGACCUCGAUCUUAUAUGGAUAUUAUAAAUGAUUCAUUUAUUUGUAAUAUGGCGGCAAUACCAUCAAGUGAUGAAAUAGAUUUUAUUCAACAUGUUAUCAAAGAAGCAAAUAAAUAA